AUGCCUCACUCAUAUGGUAUCCGUGCUCGCACACGGUAUAUGUUCUCUCGUAAAUUUAAAGAUCAUGGAUAUCUUAAGCUUUCAACCUAUCUUAAAAUAUAUAAAGUUGGCGAUAUCGUAGAUGUUAAAGCAAACGGUGCAAUUCAAAAAGGUAUGCCGCAUAAAUUUUAUCACGGACGUACAGGAAUUGUUUAUAAUGUGACGAAAUCUUCAGUUGGUGUCAUCAUUUAUAAACGUGUUGGUAAUAGAUACAUUGAGAAGAGAAUCAAUGUUCGUAUCGAACAUGUAAAACAUUCAAAAUGUAGAGAUGAUUUCUUACGUCGUGUUAAAGAAAAUGCAAUUAAAAAGAAAGAUGCUAGAGCUAAAGGAGAAAAAGUAAAUUUAAAGAGACAACCUGUACUUCCAAGAACUUCACGAAGUCGUAAUAAUGAAAGUCUCUGA